AUGACUGGCAAAGAGAUUCAUAAAUAUGGCACUGAUGAUGGAUGGCACGGUAGGAUUGAAGAAGGAGGAGGUUCCUUACCUGAUAAGGACAGGUAUCACUUAUACAUCGGACUCUUUUGCCCUUUCGCGCAUCGCGUUAAUCUCGUUCGCCACCUCAAGCACCUAACGUCCAUCCUCCCCAUCUCUAUCGUCCGCCCGUACCCAAAGGGCGAACCGGGAUGGCGCUUCGACGAAACAUAUCCCAACGCUACACCCGACAGCCUUUUCAACAGCCAGUUCAUGCACCAACUCUACUUCCGCGACGACCCAGCAUACAAGGGGAAGUACAGUGUCCCACUACUAUGGGACAAGAAAACCAACAGUAUCGUGAACAAUGAGAGUGCCGAGAUAUUGAGAUGGCUUCCCCAUGCUUUCGACUCGGUGCUAGCCGAUGACGAGAAGGUGAAAGAGUUAGAUUUCUAUCCUGCUGAAUUGCGGGGUAAAAUCGAUGAGAUAGCACCGUGGCUGACAUCGCUGAUUUGCUCCGGCGUGUACAAAGCCGGGUUCGUGCGUACACAGGAAGACUACGAGAAGAACGUUGUACCGCUUUUCGCUGCGCUGAACAAGCUGGAAACGCUGGUGCAUGCCAACGGCGGCCCAUAUAUUCUGGGUGAGACGUUGACGGAGCUAGAUCUCCUCGCGUACCCAACUAUCGUCAGGUUCGAUACCGUAUAUGUGCAGCAUUUCAAAACGAACCUGGGCACGAUACGCCAUGACUACCCUGUGCUGAACAACUGGCUCAAGAAUUUGUACUGGAAUGUCGAGGGCUUCAAAGAAUCAACUGAUUUCCAGCACAUCAAGGAGAAUUACACGAAGAGCCAUGGUGAUAUCAAUCCACUCUCUAUUACCCCAUUGGGGCCGUAUCCAGAUGUCGAAGAAGGCUAUGAGAGUAACUGGAGUACGCUGAAGCCAGGCAAGGUAGCGCAUCCGCGCGUAGUAGAGGCGGAGAGUAAAUUGUAA